AUGGCUUCCUCACACGACUCUCCAGCACCGCAGUACCGCCUCUCAUCGACUCUCGCAGGCCACGGCGCCGACGUGCGCGCGCUCUCGUCCGCCCCACGACCACACGCCUCAUCGCCAUCUCGCGCUCCCAGCUCAGGGAGCUACGACGCUUUAAACCCUGUGCUGUUCUCUUCUUCGCGCGAUGGGACUGCGAGGAGUUGGAUCCGGAAGGGCGUGGCAGAGGGGAUGAAGGGCGUCGGAGGAGGAUGGAGCGAGGGAAGUGUGUUUGGAGGGCAGGACAGCGCGGCGGGACACGAGGGCUUCGUGAAUGCUGUCGAGUGGAUCCCUGGCAUGGACGGGGCUGAAGGAGGCUACCUCCUCACAGGCGGGCAAGACAAGCUCGUCCACGCCUGGCCGCUUCCCUCCCCUUCCACUCCUUCUUCCGCCUCCGACUCGUCCAACUCGCCCAGUCACACGCUAAUUGGCCACGAGGGAAACGUCUGUGCGUUGCAUGUCAGUGAAGACGGGAGGAGAAUCGUGAGUGGGAGUUGGGACAAGACCGCCCGAGUCUGGAAGGACUGGCAACUCGCGUACACCUUGAAAGGCCACGAGCAGAGCGUCUGGGCCGUCCUUGCCCUCGACGAGCCCGAAGACGACCUCGUUCUCACCGGCGCCGCCGACAACCUGAUCCGUCUUUUCAAAGCCGACAAGCUCGUCAAGACGUUCAAGGGCCACACGCAGGCUGUUCGCGCGCUCGCCAAGCUCGACAAGAGUGCGGGUGGCGGAGAGGGAGGCGAUUGGUUCGCGAGCGGGAGUAACGAUGGCUCGAUCCGCCUCUGGUCCCUCCUCACGGGCGAAUGCGUCCACACCGUCUCAGGCCACGAUUCCUUCGUCUACUCGCUCUCCGCCAUCCCGGACCACCUCGGCGGCGGCCUCAUCUCGGGCGGCGAGGACCGUACGGUGCGGGUGUGGCGUGCGAGCGACGGGGAGUGCCAGCAAACUAUUGUCGUGCCGGCCGUUUCGGUGUGGUGCGUGAGCGUGCUGGCGAACGGUGACAUCGCUGCUGGCGCUUCGGACGGGCUCGUGCGCGUCUACACGCGGAAUGAGGAGCGAGUUGCGAGUCAGGAGGAGCUGGCGAACUAUGAGGAGCAGGUUGCGAAGACAUCGCUGAAUUCCUCGCAGAUUGGCGACCUGAAGAAGAGCGAUUUGCCUGGGCCCGAAGCGCUCGACCAGCCCGGCAAAAAGGAGGGCGACGUCAAGAUGGUCAAGACGGUUGGAGGAACGGUCGAGGCGUAUCAAUGGUCGGCCGGCUCGCGCUCGUGGCAGAAGGUCGGCGAGGUGACGGACGCCGUCGGCUCGUCCCGCAAGCAGCUGUACCAGGGCCAAGAGUACGACUACGUCUUCGACGUCGACCUCGGCGGUGGUGCGCCUAUCCUCAAGCUCCCCUAUAACGCCGCAGAGAACCCCUACGCCGCCGCUCAGCGCUUCCUCUUCGCCAACGACCUUCCGCUCGGCUACCUCGAUGAGGUUGCGAGCUUUAUCGAGAAGAACACGGGCGGCGUCAAACUUGGAGCGACCGGCAACGUGGACCCGUACACCGGCGCGAGCAGCUAUCGCUCGCAGGGACCGUCUUCGGCUCCCGCACCCUCGGCGAGCGGAUUCUCCGGCGAUCCGUUCACUGGCGGCGGUCGCAGCUCGGCGCCAGCUCCGUCAAUGCCUCGCGCCGGCGGCAUCCUUCCUCAUCGCUCCUUCCUCACCUUUGCCCAAGCCAACCUGCCCGCUUUGCGGAACAAGCUCUCCCAGCUGUCGGAGCAGUUCGCCGCCAACCCUUCCACCGCCUCUCUCGCCCUGUCAGCCGACGACUUUGCCGCACUCGAUCGCCUUAUCGCCUACCUCCUCGUCGCAUUGACCAACCCAUCCUCUCCGUCCGGUGCGGCGCCCUCCGAGACAGAUACCGCCCUCGUCGACAAGCUCCUCUCGUCCUGGCCGCCCGAACAGCGCUUCCCCGCUCUCGACCUCGCGCGCCUACUCUCCCUCUUCGCUCCUACGCCCGGCUCCUUCCCCGUCAUCCUCUCGACCGCCUCCGAUCCCUCCGAGAGCGAGACGAACGCGAUGCUUGCGCUCAGGGCGCUCGCGAACGUCUUCGUGCCCAUGGUCGGCAAGGCGACGAUGCAGAGCGAGGCGAGGGAUGUCGUUGCGGGCUUGAGGCGGCGUGGCGGGCAGAAGGCGCUCAACAAGAAUGGCAAGGUCGCGUUCGCGACGGUACUGCUCAACUUUUCCGUCCUUGCAACGCACAAGCAGCUCGAUACGAAGGCGGCGGAAGAUAUUGCGGAGCUUGCGGUCGAGAUGUUGAGGGAGACGGAUGGUGAGGCGGUUUACCGCGCGAUGAUGGCGCUCGGCAACUUGCUCGUUUCCUUCGACACGGCCGCCGUUCUUCCGGAGCCUGCGACGUCGCGGUACAAGGCGGCAGCGAAGGAGGCGGCGCAGCGUCUGUCGGAGCCGAGGAUCAAGACUCUCGCGGCGGAGCUGCUCUAG